AUGUCUGAUGUCGAAGGAAGAAAAGAGAAGCGAUUAUCAGCUGGUCGAGAUGAAGCGAAUCUCGACGAACGAAUCUUCGGAGUUUCCAUCGUUCUUGUCUUCAUAAUGUUGUUAGGUGUCAAUGCAGUGACUGCGAUGAUUUAUAUGGUAUUAUUGGGAAUCAGGGCAUUCCUCGUGUGCAACUUCGAUUUUGUCGUUCAGACCGUAUUUGGCAUUGUUUUGAUAAUCGUUCUCUCAAUUCUGUAUUCAGCAAGAUCGAAAACCUUAUACACAAUUGCCGCAAUUUUCACGAGUUGCAACGCUCUGCUCUUUUUUGUUUAUCUAGUCCACUUAAUCAUUCUGUUAACCGUCGGAAUCGAAGAUAACGAAUUGACCAUCGAUUCGGAAACCAUUAUUUUCCUUUUUAUUUGGGAAACCUACGUCGUCAUCACCUAUUCAUUUUUCACAUUCGUCCUUUGUAAACUUGGAUGGUUCGGCCGACGCGUUCCAAUCCAGGCUGAGUCGCCGAAGCAACCGGGGGCCACUCCAAAACAAUCGAUAACCGGCUCGCAAAGUAGAGCACACUCACCAGGAUCGCGUUCACACGAAUAA